AUGCGUGCGGGGACGACAUGCUGGAUGCCCUAGACUCGGAGAGGGUCCCUUUGAAAAGAACUCUGGCGGGGUUUCCUGCCACACCUCUGGAUGAGGGUGUGUCGCCAUGGAGACGAGGCCGCUGCCAUUGGCUGGCGCCUCGGCCCCGGGGUAUAAAGCCGGGCUCAGAGAACGGUGCACUAACAGUGUUGACCAGACUCAGGCGGUGUCGCCCGCGGAGCGGAAAGGGCAGGAUUUCGGCGCGGCGGUCGGUGACACUAUGGAGAACGAAUUCGCGUACGAAGAUUAUCAGAGAACCGCCGAGUGGCUUCGGUCUCACACUACGCAUCGCCCUCAAGUGGCCGUGAUCUGUGGUUCUGGGUUAGGAGGUCUGACUGCGAAAUUAACUGAGGCCCAGAUCUUUGACUACAGUGAGAUACCCAACUUUCCCAAAAGCACAGUUCAAGGUCAUGCUGGCCGACUGGUGUUUGGCUUCCUGAAUGGCAGAGCCUGUGUGAUGAUGCAGGGCAGGUUCCAUAUGUAUGAAGGGUACCCGCUGUCAAAGGUGACAUUCCCCGUGAGGGUUUUCCAUCUCCUGGGUGUGGACACUUUGAUCGUCACCAAUGCAGCUGGAGGGCUCAACCCCAAUUUUGAAGUUGGAGAUAUCAUGCUGAUCCGCGAUCACAUCAACCUACCUGGUUUCUCUGGUCAAAACCCUCUCCGAGGCCCCAAUGAUGAAAGGUUUGGAGUUCGCUUCCCGGCCAUGUCCGAUGCGUACGACCGGCAUAUGAGGCAGAAGGCCUUGAGUGCCUGGAAGCAAAUGGGGGAGCAGCGAGACUUACAGGAAGGCACCUACGUGAUGUUGGCAGGACCCAACUUCGAGACUGUGGCCGAGAGUCGCCUGCUAAGGAUGCUGGGAGCAGAUGCUGUUGGCAUGAGCACAGUCCCAGAAGUUAUUGUCGCGAGACAUUGUGGGCUUCGUGUGUUUGGUUUCUCACUCAUCACCAACAAGGUCGUCAUGGAUUAUGCCAACUUGGAGAAGGCCAAUCACAAGGAAGUCUUAGAGGCUGGGAAAGCAGCUGCACAGAAAUUGGAACAGUUUGUCUCCAUCCUUAUGGAGAGCAUCCCACUCCGGGAGCACACUGCCAGCUGAUUGGCCUGGGAGUGCUCUGCUGCUUCCCUGUUGGGGUCCAAGUAGCUGUCUACUCGGCUCCCUCGAUGGGGCCGCUAGUCUAUGCUUAGAUUAUAGCAGAAAGGGAAGAGGAGGAUACCUGCUCUUCGCCUCCCCGUGUCCUUACACCAUUCUGAUGUCUGUCCCUCUUGCCCAGUUGCCUUCUCAAAACAGCUUAACUCUCACUCCUGGAAGAGCCGGCACUCAUGCCCCACCACACUUGGGAUAGAUCUAUGCCUUCACACAGUACCUUCUAGAUCUGGAGAUCAUACACAUGUUCCUCUGGGCUCAGUCGGCUUUCCCCUAAAGCACUAGAGACCAAAGACCAACCCAAUACCUCUUGGAUUUUAUUUAGUACCACAAUGUUUUAAGAAUAAAGAGAUCAAACACUUC